CGUCAUGCUUUUGAGGUGAGUACGUCAAUUGUACAAUCAGCCCGUAUCAGUGUGGAUAAACGUUUCUUCGUCAGGACAUUCGUAUUUAAGAAAUUUGUGUAUUUGUCAAAUAUAUACAAUGGAAUCUGACCAGAAUCAAGUACAUUUAACGACUCCAGUAUCUUGCAAUGACAAAGAAUUGAAUUGUGUCUCAAGUCCAUUAAAUCAUGAUGCUAAAUCGCCGACGAUGCUUGAGAACAUGUCUGAUAUGGAAGAUGAUGGGUCGCUUAACGUAAUUCUUCGACGAGAAGAUGCAACUGAGUCAAAAAUGGAUGAGAUGAUGGACAAGCUCCUGGAAAUUCUCGAUGAAACGAUUACCAUUUUAGAUGCAGACGUCGAUGAAGAUGACAACAGUGGUUAUUACGUUUUAUCUGACCCGAAGGGUCAAAAUGAGACAGUUGCCUUGGGUGAUGCUAUCAUUGCAAAAGAGAAUUCCCAAAAUAAUCAUACCGUUGGUUGUCAAACAGAAGCUGAAGGUGAAAAUAUUACCUCUGCCGUCUCGAAGAAUCAGAAUGAUGGGACAAGUUGUGAAUUGAAUGAAUUAACCGAGUCACUCAUGAUUGUCCUGAUGUUGUUUAGUUUAUAUUUUCUACUAUCCUCGAUGGUUUAACGAUGUACAUUUUAUGUUGAGUAUAUUAAGUGAAAUAUUGUAGGUGGUAUUGGAUUAUUGAUGAUUGUUACAGAAUAGUGGAAUAAAAGUUUGGUAUUUUACCAUAGUUCUUGCAUACUCCGGUGA